CUGACGUGACAUCUCCCUCUCUUGUUUCAUUUCCUCUCUCUCAAAACAGAAACGUCAUGUUUAUUUUGGAAAAGCAAUGGCGGACGGAUGAGGUCGCCGCCGCGAGGAGAGAAGCUUCUCCUUGGGACUUCCCUUUCAACGACAUUAACGUUCAACAUCAUCGUCGCUGCAACACAAGUCAUGAGUUUGAUAUCUUGAAGAGUCCUGUUGGAGAUAACGUAGAAGGGAGUAAUAAUCAUAACCCUAAUUAUAGUAACAAUGAGAGCGGUAAGAAGGAGACGACAAAUAGUGGACAGUCUUGGUCUUCCUCGUCUUCAAAACCGUCGGUCUUGGGGAGAGGACACUGGAGACCAGCUGAAGAUGUUAAACUCAAAGAGCUUGUCGCCAUUUACGGUCCACAAAAUUGGAACCUCAUAGCUGAAAAGCUUCAAGGAAGAUCAGGGAAGAGCUGUAGACUUCGGUGGUUUAAUCAAUUGGACCCGAGGAUAAACAGAAGAGCUUUCACGGAGGAUGAAGAAGAGAGACUUAUGCAAGCGCAUAGGCUUUAUGGUAACAAAUGGGCAAUGAUUGCGAGGCUAUUUCCUGGUAGGACUGAUAACUCUGUCAAGAACCAUUGGCAUGUUAUCAUGGCUCGUAAGUAUAGAGAACACUCCUCUGCUUACCGUAGGAGGAAGCUCAUGAUUAAUAAUCCACUUAAACCUCAUCUUUCUAAUCAUCCUAGCCCUAACCCUAAUCACCACUCUUUUAUCUCCACUCAUCAUUACUUUACUCAGCCUUUCCACGAGUUUAAUUUGACUCAUCAUUUGGUUAAUAAUGCGUCUAUCACGCCUGACCAUAACCAGCUUGUGUUGCCUUUCCACUGUUUUCAAGGUUAUGAGAGCAAUGAGACUCCAAUGGUUGUGAGUAUGUUUGGCAACCAAAUAAUGGGCGGCGAUAAUGUUGGUGUCAUGUCAGAAGGGUUGUAUGAUUAUCCGUACAUCGACUCUACGAGCCACGAGAAAGGAGUGCCAAAUGAGCCAAGGAGUUGGAUCGGAAUGGAAGGUGAAGAUGAGGAGGUGGUGGAGACGGCUAAGCAGCAACCACAUUUUUUCGAUUUUCUUGGCUUGGGGACGUCAUGAAACUUGAACAAAGUGGUGUAAUAAUGAGUUAAUGACUGUUUUUAAUUUGGUUAGAGAAAAGCAAGAAGUUAUCUUUACGUCUCGAAAGCAAAAUUCCUUGUGUUUGCGUUUAUUGGUAAAAUGUAGACUGUUGUUGUUGGCCGUGUAAUGUAUAACAUUUGAUAAAA